AUGGCUGGAGACUUCCCUUUGACAAACAAGAUUGUCUUGGUCACUGGUGGUGGAUCUGAUUUACAAUUGGGUGAGGAGGCCAGGCAACUUGUUGAAUCACAGAAAAAUGUACAUUUUGAGACUUGUGACGUGCGCAGGUGGAAGGACCUAAGAGGUCCGAUCGAUAUAUCGGUGAGGAUCUGGAAUGACGUACCGGACGUCUACAUUGCUGGAGCUGGAGUCUUUGAGCCGAAAUGGUCAAACUUCUGGCAAGACCCCGAGGAUGAGACUUAUGACUCCAUUGCCAUUAACGUGAACCACCCAAUGAAGCUUACCCGUAUCGCAAUUCAAGCACUCCUAAGCAGGAAUAAAAAGGGAGUUGUAUGCAUAAUUGGAUCUAUUGCGGGGCUAGCGGGGAAUUAUGCUGUUCCGCUUUAUUGUGCAUCAAAGCAUGCUGUGACCGGAUUUGUCCGAUCCAUGGCCCCAUGCGAAGAGCUUGAAGGAGUUAAGAUCACCGCGAUGUGUCCUUGGUAUGAUAUCUACCCUACUACCAAACGUGACUUUGGAUUAAUAGCCACUACUGACAUGCUUUCCAGUGCGGUGAAAACUCCUCUUUGGACUAAUCAACCUGACAAAAUGGACCAGUUCAAUUUAGACGGCGCGGAAACUGUUACCGCAGCUCAAGUAGGUGAGGCUAUAGUGUCUUUGGUGGAAGAUGGUCAAUACAAGGGAGGAACCGUGUUAGAAAUCACGGCCUAUGGGGACUCGAGUAAUCCCAGAAUGGAAUAUCUCACCAACACCCACCAAAUUAACUGGACUUGUCUCCCAAGCUGA